CGAGAUUUCGAAGAAUCGCACAAUUUCGUCACUCACUUACGCACAACACCGCUCGGACGGAGUUGCAUAAUUCGACAAUGAAACGGUGAACUAUCUUGGCGUUUUGAAAUGGCCUACACAUGCACAUUCGCGGAUAUAACCGGCCGGCUUUCCCAUACCCAUGUACAAACGUGCUAUGAAUUCGCGUCCACAUGAAUCCACGCCAUGAAGCACGAAUUGUAAACAUCCGCCCAUGAUGCGUAAUAUUCACAUAAAACUUACGCAAUUACGCGGCCACCGUUGUAUAAAAUAGACAUCUAUGAGAAGAUACUUUCAGUAUAAUAGAAUCUACUGAGCUCUGUCCGAGAAGUGAAUUCAUUAUGAGUUACUAUUUGUUUCUCUCUCUAUUAAUUGCGGUUUGCAAGGCGGGCAUAAUACCAAAUGAGGAUUACUCGCAUCAUGCGAUUUAUCAUGGCUAUGGCGCUACAAGUUAUCAAAAUGUGCAGCUUAAUAAUCACGAUGCUAUAGAAUUGCCCGCAAACUAUGGAGAUCCCGCAGAAAUUCAGGAGGUUGAUGUAGAGCACCAUCAUGAGAGAAUCAUCCCAAUUGUGGAAUCAGACAAUGACGUAGAUCACAUCAUGUCUCAUUCCGCUCCAUAUGAAGAAUUUGCUGUUGAUGACGUCAAAUCUGACAUACUCGAUCAUGAUCAUUAUCUCGAUCAUGACCAUUAUGAAACAUCAUUAUAG